CGGAAGUGAAGGGGCCAUGUUGCUGGGUGACCCCGGGAGAGAUACCCGGCGAGAGGCGAAUCCUGAGGAGCCGUAGUGCGCGCGGUCUGCGGCUUGACGCCCACCCCCUGCCAGUCCCCCAUGGCCCCAUGGAGCCGAGAGGCGGUGCUGAGCCUCUACCGGGCUCUGCUGCGCCAGGGCCGAGAGCUUCGCUACACUGAUCGAGACUUCUACCUUGCCUCCAUCCGCCGUGAGUUCAGGAAAAAUCAGAAGCUAGAGGAUCCUGAGGCCCGGGAGAGGCAGCUGGAAAAAGGCCUGGUCUUCCUCCACAGCAAACUGGGGGGGCUUAUUUAGGAUCCUCUCCUUUC